GUAAGCUUCUAAUGAACUGGAGAAUGGCACAACAGCUGCGCCAACAGAAAGAGACAUGGUUUGGAAAGGGGAAGUUUGAUCAUGUUUAGAUACAGCCAAUCAUUUGCAGCAUUUCAUUUUUAUUACAGUUGCCGAGAGUCUGAGCCUUGUUUUCUCUUCUUAUAUAAUUAAUGGUUGGCAUCAUCAGUGGAUUGCUCCAUUUCGCUUGUCUCCUGUUGCUUGAAACUUCCAUGGCUAAGAAAGGUGUGCCACUGUCUGAGAUGGCAACUUCCGACACCCAUGGAGAAGACUCUCCUUACUUUGUUGGCUGGAAGGUAUACGAUGAAAACCCUUAUGAUGCCGCAAGCAACCCCUCAGGAGUCAUUCAGAUGGGAUUGGCAGAGAACCAAGUUUCAUUUGAUCUACUAGAAGAUUAUUUGGAGCAGCAUCCACAAGAAUUUGGCUGGGGAUGUGGAGUAUCGAGCUUCAGAGAGAAUGCUUUGUUUCAGGAUUACCAUGGGCUCAAAACUUUUACAAGGGCAGUGGCACUUUUUAUGGAGCAAAUAAGAGGAGGAAGGACACAAUUUGAUCCUCAACACAUCGUUCUCACUGCGGGAGCUACCGCGGCUAAUGAGCUGUUGACCUUCAUCUUAGCAGACCCCGGAGAUGGUCUACUGAUUCCUACACCUUAUUAUCCGGGGUUUGAUAGAGAUCUAAGGUGGAGAACAGGUGUCAACAUCAUUCCAGUCCACUGCAACAGCUCAAAUGGAUUCCAGAUUACUCUCCGGGCCUUGGAAGAUGCGUGUGCCGGAGCAGAAUCCAUGAAGGUUAGAGUCAAAGGACUCCUCCUCACAAACCCAUCCAACCCGUUGGGGACUGCAAUCACCAGACCUGUUCUUGAAGAGAUACUGGACUUCGUGGCGCACAAGGGCAUCCACCUGAUAUCAGACGAGAUAUACUCAGGCUCAGUGUUCUCCUCCGACGAGUUCGUAAGCAUGACGGAGAUCGUCGAAUCUCGCGGCCAUCAGGAACGCGAGAGAGUUCAUAUCGUGUACAGCCUCUCCAAGGAUCUUGGGCUACCUGGAUACAGAGUGGGCACGAUCUACUCGUACAACAACGAGGUGGUGACGACUGCGAGGAGGAUGUCCAGCUUCACACUCGUGUCAUCCCAGACGCAGAAGAUGUUGGCGUCACUGCUGUCGGACAAGGAGUUCACGGAGAACUACCUCAGGACAAAUCGAGAGAGGCUUAAGAAGAGGUACGAGUUCGUGGUGGAAGGGCUAAGCAAUGCUGGGAUCAGGUGCUUGCAAGGGAACGCUGGUCUGUUCUGCUGGAUGAAUCUGGGAGAGUUACUCGAAGAGCCCACAGUAGAAGGAGAGCUGAGUCUUUGGAACUCGAUGUUGCAUGAAGCAAAGCUUAAUGUAUCCCCAGGCUCGUCAUGCCACUGUUUAGAAGCAGGCUGGUUUAGGGUGUGCUUCGCAAAUAUGAGCCAGCAGACGCUGGAAGUUGCACUGAUGAGGAUGAAGGAUUUCACGGAGAAGAUGAAGGCUAAGCAAAUGAUUUCUUCGUUGUAAAUUCCCUCAUGAUUAGAGUCAUGCAUUUGUGUCGGAUGAUUAUAUAGCAAAUUCAUAUACACAUGUUCACCGUGA